AUGUGCCUGGCGUCGAAACUUGGCGGCCUGCUGUGGGAGUGGGUCCAUCUGCCCCUCCAUCCGCUGUAUUUGUUGACGACGCCGAGGGCCCUAGAGGUCGCCGUCAAGUCCCUCCAUCGUUUACUUUUCACAUUUCUACGCCAGCUACAGCUCUUGCUACCGAGAUCGCGCCGAUUCAUACAUGCUCCUCCUCCUCCAAACGGCGGGAUGAGCUUCGCAAUCGAAGUCGCUGGCGAGGCCGCCCCGCUAAAUCAGUGGGAGCUGGUGAAGGCGCUCUCCAGUGCCGGCACUUCGACCGACCAUUCCCAGAGGCAGUCGGCUGGCCAGCAGCUUCAGACAUGGGAAUCCCACCCGGAUUAUUACACCCAUCUCCAGACAAUUUACCUCGACACAACCCAUGACAAACAAGUCCGUUUUCUCGCCAUCAUUCUCCUCAGAAAUGGCAUCGACAAAUACUGGAGGCAUCAGCAGAACGCGGCCAAGAACUCCAUCAGGCCCGACAACAAACGGGCGAUACGGUCGCGACUACUACAGGGCUCGCUCGGGGAGGAAGAUAGGACCCUAGCGCUGCACAACGCGCUCGUCACCGCCAAGAUCGUUCGGAUAGACUACCCGGACGAGUGGCCCGAUGCCUUUUCCACCCUCAUCGAGCUGACCAAGUCGUCCAAUGCAUCGAACCCGCUGCAGCUGCGCGGUGCCUUACUGGUGCUCCUCCGCAUCGUCAAGGAGAUGAGCACGGCCCGGCUGCGUAAGUCACAGACCGCCCUGCAGGCCGUUACGCCGGAGCUCGUGCAGGUGCUCGGCAGCAUAUAUACGGAGAAGACGGCAUAUUGGCAAGAGUUGUGGAUGAAGGGCCGCGGCGACGAUGCCACGGUGGGGUUCGCCGUCGAGAACAGCCUAAUGGCGCUCAAGGUUCUACGGAGGCUGGUCACUGUCGGCUACGAGCAACCCCAUGCCGACGCCAUGGUUUGCGGCUUCUGGUCUUUGUCACAGUCCCAGUUCGACCAGUUUCUCAGUGGUGUCAGCCAGGACUCGUGGGUUCCGGCUCCCUAUCAAGACAUGGUCGGCAAGCACCUCAUCCAGUUUACCAAACUCCAUAUCGAUAUGUCUGAGACGCACCCGGCUAGCUUCCCCGUGCUCCCGGACUCGAUUCCUCUGGUCAAGGCGUACUGGAGCCUCAUCAAAGGAUUCUCGGAAGUAUUUGAUAAGUCGGGCGGGAUCAGGCAGACUUCGGGCGGGGCCGCCGGUGGAAACGCAAGACACGAAGGGCCCCUGUAUGAGAAGCUCGCGCUCAAGGGUCUGUUGCUCUUGAGAAGCUGCCUAGCCAUCGCGCACCAACCGGUGCAGACUUUCAAGUUUCGGAGCCCAGAGGUCAAGGAGCUAGAAAAGCAAGCUGUACAUACCCUCAAGGUGGAGCUCCUGUCGAGAGACAUGCUCCUUGACAUGCUGCAGGUCAUAGUCAGCAAACUGUUCAUUUUCCGCAAAUCUGACCUCGAGGCCUGGGAGGAGGACCCGGAAGGGUGGGAGGCGCAAGAGAGAACCGAAGGCCAGGCAUACGAGUGGGCGGUCCGUCCUUGCGCCGAGAGGCUGCUUCUCGACCUCCUCACGCACUACAAGGAACUUGGCGAGCCACUGCUCGCGUAUUGCGACCUCGCCACCAAGGUUGAGAUGGACAUCAUCACGAAGGAGGCUGCCUACUGCGCCUUGGGCUGCGCAGCCGCUAUCAUAUACCAAAAAUUCGACUUUGACCGCUUCCUAACCAACUUCCUGGUUAAGGAUGCUCAGAUUGAGGCCCCGAUGGCGAAAAUCCUCCGCCGUCGGAUAGCCAUCUUGAUCAGCCAGUGGAUCACGGUCAAGGUUUCUCAGGCCAGCAGGCCAGUCGUGUACGACAUCUACCGCCACCUGCUGAACAUCGACAGCGGGCACAACGAUGAGGUUGUCCGCAUCACGGCGGCGCGGCAGCUCAAGUACGUAGCCGACGACUUUGAGUUCACCGGAGAGGCCUUUUACCCUUAUGCGGCCGACACCUUCAACCUCCUGGUCCAUCUCCUCAAUGAAGUGGAGAACGACGAAACGAGGCUGGCGGUUCUCGAAACGGUCCGAGCGGUCGUGACACGGAUGGAGACUCACGUAUCGCAGUUUGGAGACGCCAUAAUGGUGACGCUUCCCCAACUGUGGGAGUCUGCUGCCAGUGAGGAGUACAUGAUCAAACAGUCGGUGCUCGCCAUCAUGUCGGCCUUGGUUUCGUCCAUGCGCGCCGAGUCGCAGCGGUACCUCGGCAGCUCACCGCCACUCAACCCAGACCUCACGCAGAUGGUCCAACUGGCCCUCCCCCUCCUCGAGUACGAGUCAGCAGUGGCAAAUCAGUGCUUAGAAAUUACCAAAGACUACAUCGUCCUGGCGCCGCAAGACAUGCUGAGCGACGCCCUCCGGCGGCCAACCUUGACGGGACUGGCGAAGGCGCUGGACUCGUCGGUCCGGGACCAGUCAAAGCUCGGCGCGAAGUCGAUCGAGCUCGUGAUCCGCGUGGCCGAGGAGUUUGGUGGCGUUCAGGGCGUCUCGCUCGUCGCCCAGGACCUGCUCGAGAUCGGCGUGCUGCGCCAAGUCCUCGAGGGGCUGCACAGCCGGUGGGAGGCCAGCCAGACGACGGGGCCCAACCGAAAGUCGAGCAAGAUCAACACCAUCAAGGAGGCCGACUACUUUGCCAUCCUCGCGCGCAUCGCCCUCGCCGACCCGGCCUUGCUCGUCCGCAUGCUGACCAGCUUCGGCAGCCCCAUCGACCAGGUCUGGGCCUGGCUGGGCACGCAGUGGUUCGCGCACUUCGACUGCGUCGCCGACGUCGACCGCCAGAAGCUCUCCUGCCUCGCCCUCACCCGCCUCUGCGAGCUGCCCGCCCCCGUCCAGGACCUCGCCCUCGCCCGCCUGCAGGACUACCUCUCCAUGUGGACCAGCGUCGUCACCGAGCUGGCCGACGACGACGGCUCCGGCCAGCCCCUCGGCGCCCGCGACUCCCUCGUCUGGUCCGAGCCCGCCGGCUCCGAGUACGAUACCCCGAUCGAUGUCCAUGAGCGCGAGCUCGCCUUCAAGGACCCCGUCCAUCGCGUGGUGACGUUUGAGUUUGUCCGCGCGCGCCUGGCCGAUCUGGUCCAGCGCGCGGGGGGUGAGCAGGCGUUUGAGGCGGAGUGGGCGGCUAAUGUGGAUCGGGAUGUGUUGGCGGGGUUUCAGCGGUUGAGUCAACCGGCUGAGCGGGUGAAUGGGUGA